CAGGCUGGUCCAGUUACUAACGAACAUACCAUCAUUCUUCCCCAAAUUCAAACCCUAAUUUGCACUUUCUUCGAAAUCAAACUUGUGAAAUUCGAAUCGAAGUGAAGAUCAAUCAAAUAAACGAUGAGUGUAAUCGAAAUAUUGACUCGAGUCGAUGCAAUCUGCAAGAAGUACGACAAAUACGACGUCGAAAAGCAGAGAGAUCUCAACAUUUCCGGUGAAGAUGCUUUUGCGAGGCUGUACGCUACAGUAGAAUCUGACAUUGAGACUGCUCUUCAGAAAGCUGAGACGGCUAAAAAUGAGAAGAAUAGGGCUUCGGUUGUGGCAAUUAAUGCUGAGAUUCGACGGACUAAGGCGAAGAUGCUGGAAGAAGUUCCUAAGUUGCAGAGAUUGGCUAUGAAGAAGGUAAAAGGGCUUUCUCCAGAAGAGUUUGCAGCUCGUAACGAUCUGGUUCAGGCACUUCCCGAUAGGAUUCAAGCAAUACCUGACGGGGGUGCUGCUGCACCAAAACAGACUGGAGGCUGGGCAGCUUCAGCCUCUCGUACAAAUAAUAAUAUCAAGUUUGAUUCAGAUGGUCGAUUUGAUGAUGAAUACUUCCAGCAAAGUGAAGAGUCGAGCCAGUUCAGGAAUGAGUAUGAAAUGAGAAAAAUGAAACAGGAUCAAGGUUUGGAUAUGAUAUCGGAAGGUCUAGAUACUUUAAAAAACAUGGCACAAGAUAUGAACGAGGAAGUAGACAGGCAAGUUCCAUUGAUGGAUGAAAUCGACGACAAGGUGGAUAAGGCGACUUCUGACCUUAGGAAUACCAAUGUUAGACUUAAGCACACUGUUCAUCAGCUGAGGUCGAGCAGGAACUUCUGCAUUGAUAUUAUAUUACUGUGCAUAAUUCUGGGAAUUGCAGCCUACUUAUACAAUGUUUUGAAGUGAGGAUUUUGAACAUAAGAAAUCUGCAUUUGGUUUGCUCUUGUGAUGAUUGACUUCUGGUGUGGUAGCUAGUUAUGUAUGUUCUUGCACUUACAACUUGAAGUUAUGUUUAUUACGCGACAUAUUUUUAUCUUUUUUUUUUUAAUAUAACUACAUAUUUCAUUGAGAAUCUACCAAGCACUAUGUGUGUGUAUAAUAUGCGUUUCUCGUUAUUCUUUUAUUUAAAACUGGUUUCUUGUGA